AUGGCCAGCGGCGGCGGCGCGGAGCCCCCGCGGUGGCGGCGGCCCCCGGGCCUGGCCGAGGUGGCGCCGGGCAGCGAGAACGAGCGCCUGGGGGUGGCGCGGGACAGCAUGCUGCGCAACCCGCUCAUCGCCAAGGCAGAACUGGGAAAGCCCCGGAGAAGCAGCUAUACCCUGCCAGGCCCCGAUUUUUCAUACGGGCUGUACAUCCACGGGACAGACGGAGGAGUCCCUGAAGCAAUUGGUCACUGGCAUGCCAUGAAGCCCAGGCCUGCUUUGCUACGGAAAAUGCCCCGUGACUACAUUACCAUGAACUGCGGCGCUCUUAAGGCCGGUUAUACCACAGCCCAUGAAUUUAAUUUGUACUAUGGGGCCAAGGACAUACGGCGCAAAGCAGAUGAGGAGAGUCGCUUCAAGAGAGGGCCUCCCAAAGUACCUGCAGACAUGACGUAUGGCAUCGUGUCACGGCCUUCCACUCCCUUUUUUGAUCUCCUCCAUCACAAGUACAAGGAGCUGUGGAUAGAGCAGCAGAGGGCAACAACAGUGAUCCAGCAAGAGGAAAAGAAAAAGAAAGGCAAAGCUUACGAAACUCGCACCACAUUGCUCCGAAAACACCCACUACCUGCAAAAGAGGAGUCCUUCUGGCACUUGCCCCACUUGGAGAAGGUUGGUCCUCAUCUCAGUACUUUUCCAGACAGUGAGGCUCGUAAAAAGGCAUUCAGUGUCUACCGUUCAGAAAUGCCUGUGAGAUGCGGUCCCCUUCACCAGGGCAUCUACACAACAAGCUGAAGGCUCGACCACAGCAGCGUGAUGAGCAUCUUUGCCUUUAGAC